AUGAAUUUCAAAACAGUUUACGAAGCAAUUAAAAACGGUUCGAUUAUCAAUAGGAUCGAAGAAUUCUCUUGUGAAGAGCUCAAACCGUUUCUACCCGUUUUGGCUUUUGCUGCGUUCAGUGCUCAAGAUGAAGCAUCGUCAGAUGUAUCUGACAGUUUGGAUAAACUACGUUCACGUCUGAUGGAAUUUAAGCAGUGCAAUUCACUUGUGGAACUUGUGAAUGUUGAUGUGGAUAGAAUAAUUGACGACCUGAUAAAUAAUCCAUCUGAUAUCAAUCUAAAAAUCAAUUUAAGAUGUGCCAGUCCGUAUGAUAAAGUCAAAAUGAUUGCAUACGCUUUACUAAAAAUUCCAUCUUCCACAGUGCUCUCUAACGCGAACAUCAGCGCAUCAGCAACAACAUUCGCGGAUAUGAAUUUAUUCGAUGAGCAAUGUUCAAUUGAUGAACUAAUCUGUGUUAUGUUGAUGUGUGUGCGUCGAUGUCCUGAUAAAUUCGACAUCAAUCUUAUUAUUCACGCCUUACUGCCACUUCCCAGUGCACCUGAUCUCAUUACAAAGUUGUUGUGUAAUUUGGGUGACUCAACGGAAGCAUCAGUGGAAUAUCUAAUUGCAUUACAUUAUCCUGAUUCGAGUUUAUUGUCCAAACAACGAUCUGAUAUUUUGUUCAAGUUAUUAGGUGCGUUAAUAGUGGUGGGUGGAUUGGAGUUGAGUUCUGAUGAAACGAGACAGUGGAUUUUGUUUAUUACAAGAACGGAAUGUGCUGAUGAGCGAUACGUUUGUAUGGCUCUGUCGAUCAAAUUGGAUAUCCGUUCACUGACCAAAAUAAGAUCGUUGUUCCUACGGCACGCCACCAGUGAGCGUGAGUUGAUCCAUAAAGUAUCAUUAUUGCCAGUUAUAACGAAAUUCAAUGGUUCACAUAAAGGCUUUCUAUCGGCACAUUGCAUCACACAGCUUCUCACUGCCAGAUCGUUCGCCAAACACUCAAUUCCUAUUCAUGAAUGGAUAUCGUCGCAAAUAGUUGAAUGUACGAUCCCUGUACAUCCAGCCAUAGUGGAACUGAUUACGUCCUAUGCAUCAAGUUGUUUACCGAUUGAUUCGGAUUGUAACGUCUCUGAGCCGUUAUCUCAGCAGUUUAUUCAGGAAUUAUUCUUUGGUGAUAUGAUCGAUGAGCGUAGGCUUGUGCCACGAUUGUUGACAUUGUUUUUUAUGUUGUCACUAAAAUAUCAGCUUGACAAAUUCGACUACAGUCAUCAUAAUAACGUUAGCUACCCAUACAAAGAAGAAUUCGAAUGCCGACUCCCAAUCCGAUAUAUGAUUGGUGUGAUGAAUGCACGACCGGAUGAUUUUCAUGAAUUGCGACCACAGUUAUUGAAAGUUGUUUCUCAUUUUUAUGCUUAUAUGUUACCAAACGCAAAUUCGUUCCUCUACGAUAUCAACAGUGAUUUGAGAUCCAGUUCAUUCAAGACUGAUGGUAUCGGUGAAGUGAAUGCGACCUGUGAAAUGGAAUUGGAAAUGAAAUGUCCAAUGAAAAGUUUGGCGUUAAUUGAACAAUUCGAGUGGAGUCGUUUGCAGAAACAAAUUCAUUUGCGCAAUUUUGUAUUGAAAACAAUGAAUAUGGUUGUUGAUAAACAGAAUAUGUCAGAUCCGUUCAUUAAAUCGCUCAUUUAUAUUUGGAUGCGAAUCGAGAAUAUUGAAACGGUUCAAUUCGUGGAGGAAACAGUACAAGCGUUGAGUGGUUUGAGGAUAACACAUGAGAUGUUAUGCAUGCAGCCGAUGUUGCUCUACGAGUCAAACGAUUACGUCUUUCGAAAUGCACCAUUAUUUUCGUGUUUUUUACGGAUCCUUUCCUUCUAUCAACAAGAUACACGAGCUGAACGUGAGGAGUUGGCAAAAUCGUUGUUCGGAGCACAAGAUUCAGAGUUGGUACAGAUGCUAUUGGAAGUUUGUUGCGAGUUUGGCGAUGAUAAAGUGAAGAAACUAGCAUGUGACCACAUCCAUCAAAUGUUCAUCGCUGAUACUUCCUUGUUGAAACUCGUUCAUUUUCAAGGAUAUCCAUUAUCAAUGAUCUCAAUGACAGUUCGUUUAAUACCGUCGAUGCAUGCUUGCCUUGACUUUGUUCAUGAUAUAUUGGCAUUGAGAGAUCUCACCAAACGCCUCUUCGCUACUCUCUUGAUCAUUGAGCUUGCUAAACAGGCGAGUCGCAUUUUGCCAUUUGAUGAAGCACUCGCGUAUCUGUCGCUGCUGAUACCGUCGUUGUCACAGAUAAUGGACAUAUUCCCGCAGAUUAAUGAUGACAUAAGCUUCUUGUUAUCGGAAAUAUCGAAACUGAUCAAUGACGGAAUGAAGGCAUCAUCAACUGUUGCAGUAACGAACGAUUGUCACGCACAAAAACUUUUGGAUGACAUCGCUUGUGUUAUCUCUAAACGAGGCGAUAUCAUCACUUAUAAGUGUUUGGGUUCAUGA